UAUUUGUUCUAUUUUUUUUUUUUGGCAGGGACCAUGUCGAGCAGCGGUGGCUUUGUGCCGUCGCCGGGGUCGUCUGCCGCUGCUGCCGGAGCUGGAGCUGGAGCUGGGGCUGCUGCGUCGGGAUUGGCGUCGUCGGGCUCGGUGCCAACCACGGACGAGCUGAGCGAGCUGACUAACAUGCUCUUACUUCAGCAACAGCAACAAAGCCAGAGUCAGCAGCAGCAGCAGCAGCAACAGCAGCAGCACUACCUGCUCCUCUUGCAGCAACAGCAACAGCAGCAACAACAGCAGCAACAGCACUACUCGUCGCUGCUGCAGCACUUGGGCACCGCGAACGGCGCUGGCGCAGUUGCUUCGUCCGCGUCAAACUCGCCAGGUUCUCCUCUGCUCGGGACGGCCGUCUCGCAGCAGCAGCAGCAGCAGCAGCAGCAAGUACAAAACAGUAGCGCCACAGUGCAAGCAGAGCUCGCCAAGCAGCGACGCGCUCAGCAGAGCUUGGCCAUCAUCCAACAGCGCCUGGAACAAGAUUGGGAACGGCAAAAAUACAUUCAGCAGCACCAAUCGCACCAGCAGCAGCAGCAGCAACAACAACAACAACAGCAACAACAUCCAGCUUUCGCUGCACAACAGCAGCGUCAGCCACAGAGCUUUGAUGACUUGAGCACGGGGCUCGCCGAGAGCGCGGCAAACGUGUCGUCGUUCAUGGCUGGAUUUGAUCUGAGCGAGCUGAACAAUCUGAACUCGGUGUCAUCGGAGGCAGCUCGCUCGUUGCUGCUCCAGCAGACUCUCCAAGAAGAGCAAAACCUACAGCAAAUGCUCCUGUCACAGACGCUGUCGUUGCAACAGCAAUACGACCAGUUGCAACAGCAGCUGCUACUGCAACAACAGCAGCAACAACAGCAACAGCAGCAGCAACAACAACAGCAACAACAACAACAACACCAACACCAACAACAGCUUGCUCAAGACUUCCACUUGGAUCAAGCGGCAUUCGCGAGCGCUGAUCAACUACCACCACAGUUGUUGUACUACUCGCAAAACCAACCUCAGCAGGUUUUUCCGCAGCAAGCGCAUCCUUCCCAGCCUCAACCAGCUCUGCCACGCGCCGUCACACCUACAGAACUCUUUUCUCAUUCGUCCAUGCCCACGUCUGCCACGUCGCUGAAUGGUCUGAAUAAUGGCAGCAUGUUUGGAGCCGCACCGGGAGCCGCACCCUCCACCGGCUCGGCUUUUACGCCACUGUCCCAGCAUCCGUCGCUCACUUCUCUGAACAGCGCUUCGCCCAAUGGAUCGGGUGCCUCCACACCAACAAAGGGUCGCUCUCGGCGUGCCAGUCGCGCAAGUGUUUCCAAAAACAGUGCGUUGGACUUGAUCGCUACAUCGAUGCUUGCCACCAUACAAUCCCAGCAACCCCAUGGACAGCAACAGUCGCAGCAACAGUCACAACAACAGGCUCAACAACAGGCACAACAGCAACAAGCACAACAAUCACAGUCGGCAGCUCAAUCCUCGCAAUCCGCUUCAGCCCCUGCGCAACCGCACGACCAACAUGCCGGCCACCCGCUCACACCUGCGGCUGAUUCUGAUUUUGUGUCGUCUCCUGCGAACAACGACUUUGACGACAUUUUGGACGGAGCGCUGGAAGCCGAUUACAACGAGCAUCUAGGCUCCAUCGACAGCCCAGGAUCCAGCGGGCCAGGCUCGGGUGGGAAACCACCAUUUUCAUACGCCACGUUGAUUGCGCGUGCAAUCCAGAGCACGCCAGAUCAUCGAAUGACGCUGAGCAACAUUUACAAUUGGAUUUCUGAGAAUUAUCCAUUCUAUCAGACAACGUCGACUGGAUGGAAGAACUCUAUUCGCCACAAUCUUUCGCUCAACAAGUGCUUCAAGCGUGUCACGAGAGAGCGGGAAGAUCCGGGCAAGGGUGCAUAUUGGACGCUGGAUGAGACGCAAACCACCGACUUGUCGUCGCGCCAAAGCAAGCAGCGCCGCCGCUCACGGUCCAACUCGGCCUCGAAAGGACCCAUGCCAUACAACCCGGAUAUCAAGGAGGGCGAAAUUGAUACCAACUACUUGCCUCGCAAACCCGCAAAGCUCAUCAUCAGUGGCAAUACCGACAGCGAGCAGAGCUCACAAAACAGCUCUGCAAUCAACACGCCAACGAUGAGCAGCGCUAUCUUGAAUGGCGGUGGUGACUUUGGCUUUGUGGAUGAUUUGAACCUGAGCUUCAAGAGUCUGCACACCCACAGCGUCAACUUGUCCGGCACGCUGCCUGAACGUAUCCAACUGCCUGGCGAUGAUGUCACAGAUACGGCCGCCAUGUUCAGCGUAGGAAUGCCCCUGGCCGCAGAUCUGAGUCUGGGCGAAUCUACCGACUUUUUGAACGAGCAGUUAAAUUUGCUAUUGGCGCAGCAGCAGCAGCAGCAGCCGCAUCCCAGCCAGCAGCAACAACAACAGCACCACCAGCAGCAACAACAGCAGCAGCAACUACAGCACCAGU